UGUGUCUUCAGUGCCCUCUCGCUACUCAGGUUGUGUUUUUUGCUUUCGCCGUUGCAUCCGUUUCGAGUUCAGCCGAAUUUUCAACGUUUGCUGCGACGUUCGAUACUAAUCCGUCACCAUGAGUACCAUGAAGUUUUGUCGAGAGUGUAACAAUAUUCUGUAUCCGAGAGAGGAUCGGGAUAAGAAGGUUUUGCUCUACGCCUGCCGAAAUUGUGACCACCAGGAGGUUGCGGACAAUAAUUGCGUGUACAGAAAUGAGGUGCUCCACAGUGCAGAUGAGCGGACUCAGGUGCUCCAGGAUAUUGCUUCGGACCCUACGCUGCCACGUACCAAGAAUGUGCGCUGUGCGAACUGCCAGCACGGAGAGGCAGUCUUCUUCCAGGCUACUGCUCGUGGAGAAGAAGGAAUGACGCUGUUCUUCGUGUGUUGCAAUCCAAAUUGUGGCUACCGUUGGCGUGAUUAAUGUGACAAGUGUGCCACAAGUCAGUGUCCCAUAAAUGACCGUAAGUUUGAGACACCUUUGUUCUGUGCAUGGGUGGUCAUCGCAUGCUGCUGUUUUAUCUGGAGGAAUCUAUCUAGAAAGGUUGUUAUUUCUUACAAUCGAAUGACGCUAAGUUUUGAAGAAGGGAGCCUUCCAUUGUAGUACCAAGUAGUGAUCUUUAGAAUAAUUCUAAGAUGUGGGAGGUUUUCGUUCGAGCGAUGCCACAAGACCUGGUUGCGAGCGGUUCAGAAUGAGUGGCAAAAUUCAGAACUGGGUUUUGAAGCUUCAGCUAUAAUUAGAAAAAAACAACUUACGCUCUUUUCUUAUUGACUGGGAGAUAAUGCUAUGUAGUCCUCUAGCAUUCGCAUGGUGUGACAUUGUGACAUACAGAACACGGCCUUCGCUUCGUAUGAGGCGUUUGUACAAUUUGCAAGUUGAUACUGACCCAGUUUCCCAAACAUAUUAAUCAACAAAUGUAUCGUGGUGAUAGACUUGGAUUUC